AUGUCUGGACUCGUACUGACCCAAGAGGAAGAGGCUCACCUUGACGAUACUAGACAGCCUGCGCUCUGGGGCUGUCUAAUCGUUUUCCUCGUCAUCAACAAUUUAGCUAUCGCUGGCAGGCUAUGGGGGACAUGGACUUCGGUAGCAAGCCGUUCGCGAGUCAUGGCUGAGGACGUAUUAAUUAUUCUGAGCGGUAUCUUUGUGAAUGCUAUUAUCGCAAACCUCAUGGUAGCAACCCAUUACGGACUCGGCUUACACGUUUUCGCUAUAAACUUCCUAGAUGCCGAAUAUCCAACAAAGUUGUCUAAGACUUUUAGGCCAGCUGACUUUAUCUCACGAGGGAAGCAUAUCUGGAUCACCAUGGUUUUGAUGGGAAGCUUCUUCACCAGUAUAAAGAUGACGCUGCUUUUCUUCUACAGACGACUAUUCCUGGUGGCCAACAAGAAACUCCACAUCUUUUGGUGGGUCAACUUCGUCUACGUUGUCCUCUGGUUCUUCGGCGCAACGAGCUUCUACCUAUUCCAGUGUAAGCCUGUGCAAUGGUACUUCAUACAGUAUUUCUCUCGAUAUCACAAACCUGUCCCUGGAAACAUAACAGGAAAUUGUGAUGCUACAAGCGUACUUCAUGUAGCACUACCAGCCAUUUUCAGUCUUGUGUCAGACAUUGGCCUCCUGCUAUUACCUAUUUGGGCUAUCUCCCAGCUACGACUUAACAAGAACAAGAAACGUGGCCUCAUGGUCAUCUUCGGCAUCGGUUUAAUUGCCUGUUUUCUUGAACUAGCUCGCGUACUGGUCCUCCUCCUCGAUACCGAUGACAAGACCGAUCCUAGCUAUGGAGUUGCCGUAUUCUUGAUACUCACUGCCGCCGAGGAGACUACCGCAGUAGUAUGCGCCAGCCUACCCGUAAUCGUACCCCAGCUAGUCAGGAGGUUCAAAGGCAAGGUUAGAGGUAGCAGCUAUGUCUACGACAAGAACGCAGCCCAAGCCUCUUCCGAGAGACGGAGCGCCCGCGGCUUCAAGCGUGUCGCUAGUUUGAACCAUAUUUGGACUAUGCCAACAACCAUUGACGCCUCUAAAGUAGAUAAUUCCCAUGAAGACGGUAUCCCCCUAACCACUAUUGAGAUUACGGGGAACUCGACUACGAAGGACAAUAGACAUGGUGGCGCUUCGAAUCAUCUACAACUCCAACCACCUAACCACAUCGUAAAUAUCGAGAGCCAGACAAGAGAUUCGUACUUAUCAACACACCUUCCCGACCGCAGCCAGAUUAGCCAGGCGGUAAAUCUAGACUCAUCAGCAUCAAGCGACAUCUACGUCCGUACCGAUAUUCAAAUCCGAGUAGGGGACGCUAGUGAGAUCCUUGAGGACGCGAAGAACCCGUAUGGGAUCGCUACUGGUAUGAAGUGGUGGAUUAUUAUCAUCUUGGCCUUGGGAACGCUAUCCGUGUCGCUCUCUUCCAGCGUCUUCUCGGGGAGCUUACCGCAGAUCGAAAGCGACUUCGGGGUUGGAUCAGAGCUUGUCAUCCUCAGUGUCUCGCUGUUCGUUCUCGGAUUCGCUAUUGGGCCGAUGGCUGAGCUGUACGAUCGCCCUAACAUCCAGACGUUGCUGGUGUUGCGUUUCUUCGCCGACGCUUUUGGUUCCUCGUCUAUCGUGAAUUCGGGCGGUGUUGUUUUCGAUAUCUUCGUCGCUAGGAAACGUGGUCUUGCUGUGAUGGUCUACAUAAUUGCCCCUUUUCUCGGUCCGACGCUAGGUCCUAUUUGCACUGGGUUUCUCGCGCAAAGCGGUGGAUGGAAAUGGGUUGAUAGUCAUAUUUAG